AUGUCCCCUCUUCGCGGCUACAUCACAUCCUACCCGCCACGGGUGCGCCAGUAUGGCAACGCGCUACUCACGCCGGUGAUCACCCCAGUAGUGGCCGGCCCAACUCCGCGAACAACAAAGCGUGGCACCACAGCCGUCAAUUACGCAGAAGAUGGAUUUGACGAUGAAGAUUUCGAUGAAAGCGAUGGGCCCCGGCGACCAACGGGCCUGCGGAGCCUCCGGCGUGAAGAAUCCAUCUCCGACAAGGUACCGCAGGCUGGGAAGGUGGGUAGAGAAACACAUGAGCCUGUCGAGGUGCAAGGCGUGUUUCGCGAGUGGAUGAUUAAGAGGAUGCUCCGACCAGCAUGUGCGGAUCAGUUACAGAUUCAGGCCCAGCUGCCACAAACACUCGUCCCCAUCCGAAUCGACGUGGAGGUGCCCGCACACACGCCCAUCGAGCCAUUUCCUCUGCCGCGCGGCCUGGUCAAUGAUACCAGCAUCACCCCAGCCCUCCCUGCCUACCGGAAACCAGAGCCAUUGCCCUCAUAUCGCAUCAAGGACACAUUCCUGUGGAACCUGCACGAAGCGCUAGCCACCCCGGAGGAAUUCGCGGUGGGAUUUGUCCGGGACCUCGACCUCCCCAAUCCACAGGCGAUCACGAUGACGAUCAGCAAUCAAAUUCGACAGCAGCUGGAAGAGUACGCGGGAGUGGCUCUACAUCCUCUUUUCCAGAGUACGCUGCCCAUUACGACCGCCCCGAGCGUUCCUCCGCAGACUGAGCCGUCUCGCGACACUUCUAUGACGCCCGCGGCGGCGAAUGCGGCCACCCCGGACAGCCGGGGGGCCAACGGGGUCGCAGUAGCAGUGACAGUAACGAAAGAGGCGCUGGUCAAUGACAGCCUCCUGAAUCCAGACGAUGCAUAUAGGUGUCUGAUCAACCUCAACAUCAACCUGCAAAACAAGCUCUACACGGACAAAUUCGAAUGGUCACUUCUCCAUCCGCCAGGACUGGCCGAGGAGUUCGCCAAGAUCACCUGCGCUGACCUCAGUCUCAGCGGCGAGUGGGUGAGCGCCAUCGCGCACGGCAUCUACGAGGCGGUCCUAAGACUGAAGAAAGAGGUCUGCGAGAGCGGCGGCCUAGUGAGCGGAAUUAAUGGUUAUGGAAACGAGAUUGAUAAUCUAGCAGCGAACGGCACCGAGGCCGGUUGGCGAUAUGAUCCGGAGACUCUGGCAGAUGAGUGGGAGCCCAAGGUGGAAACCUUGUCGAAGGAAGAAAUUGAAAGACGUGAAGGUGAUCGUGAGCGACAAAUCCGUCGGUUGCGUCGAGAAACCGCCCGGUUUUCCUCUACUGCCGGUAUCACCCCAGAGAUAUCGAGGCAGAGCAGUGGGUAUUUCGAUGUCGACAGCGAGACUCCCUUGGGUCGAGGUGAGAGGAACAAGCGGAAGCGCCGCUUCCGCAGUCUAAGUCCCCUGGGUCGAGGCACGCCCGGUCGAGGGACCCCGGAGACGGGCUCGGGUGCCGGAUACGGCGGUGGAGGUGGCACACUAUCCGAAUGGGAACGGCAAAGCUGGCGAUGCAGCAAUUGUAUGGUCUGGGGCACGGCUGUUUGGGCUGUGCGGGAUGGACCCGAUGGGCCAAGGUCACUCUGCCACAACUGCGGCUUCCUCUACGAACGAGACAAGAUUGCUCCCGAGUGGUCGAAAGAUCUCCAUCGCCACGACAUCCCCGUCAGCCGAUACACCUGA